GGGUUUGCGGCGGCACCGGGAGGGGUGAGGGCGGUGAGGGCGGCGGGUGUUGGAGUGUCGGCCGCGGCCGCGGACGGAGGAGCAAUAGCAGCAGCCGUGGCGGCCACGGGGCGGGGCGCAGCGGUCGGGGACCGCGGCCGGGGCUGCAGGCGGCGGAGCGGCUGGCUUGCCAACCCUUGGUGUCACAUGUGAGCCUUCCACAUGUGUUCGCUCUCCAUUCCAGCUCUGUGAUUGAACUCUGCUCUUACUGACUAGGGGGCAUUUGGGCAGGCAUGCUUCAUUCCUGGAAUUGACAGUCAUUCCUUUUUUGAAUAUAUUAUCACUGAAUCAGCACUUCUAAAGCCCUGCCUUCUCCCACUGGCUUCACUUGGCCUUCAGACAUAAUGAGGAGACUGGCUUUUCGAGGCGCUGGUUGUGCUCUGGUAAAGCUGAAGAAGUUGGAUUCCAUGGGUUCCAAGAGAAGAAGAGCUACCUCCCCUUCCAGUAGCGUCAGUGGGGACUUUGAUGACGGGCACCAUUCUGUGUCCACACCUGGCCCAAGCAGGAAAAGGAGGAGACUUUCCAAUCUUCCAACGGUAGAUCCUAUUGCUGUGUGCCAUGAACUCUACAACACCAUCCGAGACUAUAAGGAUGAACAGGGCAGGCUCCUCUGUGAGCUCUUCAUUCGGGCACCGAAGCGAAGAAAUCAACCAGACUAUUAUGAAGUUGUGUCUCAGCCAAUUGACUUAAUGAAAAUCCAACAGAAACUAAAAAUGGAAGAAUAUGAUGAUGUUAAUCUGCUGACUGCUGAUUUCCAACUUCUUUUUAACAAUGCAAAGGCCUAUUAUAAGCCGGAUUCUCCUGAAUAUAAAGCUGCUUGCAAACUCUGGGAUCUGUACCUUCGAACAAGAAAUGAGUUUGUUCAGAAAGGAGAAGCAGAUGACGAAGAUGAUGAUGAAGAUGGGCAAGACAAUCAAGGCACAGUGACUGAAGGAUCUUCUCCAGGUUACUUAAAGGAGAUCCUGGAGCAGCUUCUUGAAGCCAUAGUUAUAGCCACAAAUCCAUCAGGACGUCUCAUUAGUGAACUUUUUCAGAAACUGCCUUCUAAAGUGCAAUAUCCAGACUAUUAUGCAAUAAUUAAGGAACCUAUAGAUCUCAAGACCAUUGCCCAGAGGAUACAGAAUGGAAGCUACAAGAGUAUUCAUGCAAUGGCCAAAGACAUAGAUCUCCUAGCAAAAAAUGCCAAAACUUACAAUGAGCCCGGUUCUCAAGUAUUCAAGGAUGCAAAUUCUAUUAAAAAAAUAUUUUAUAUGAAAAAGGCAGAAAUUGAACAUCAUGAAAUGGCUAAGUCAAGCCUUCGAAUAAGGACUUCAUCAAAUUUGGCUGCAACCAGGCUGACAGGCCCUUCGCACAGUAAAGGCAGCCUUGGUGAAGAGAGAAAUCCCACUAGCAAGUAUUACCGUAAUAAAAGAGCAGUCCAAGGGGGCCGUUUAUCAGCAAUUACCAUGGCCCUUCAGUACGGCUCAGAAAGUGAAGAGGAUGCUGCUUUGGCUGCUGCACGUUAUGAAGAAGGAGAGUCGGAAGCAGAAAGCAUUACUUCAUUUAUGGAUGUUUCAAAUCCUUUUUAUCAGCUUUAUGACACAGUUAGGAGCUGUCGGAAUAACCAAGGGCAGCUAAUUGCUGAGCCUUUUUUCCAUUUGCCUUCAAAGAAAAAAUACCCUGAUUAUUAUCAGCAAAUUAAAGUGCCCAUAUCACUACAACAGAUCAGAACAAAGCUAAAGAACCAAGAAUAUGAAACUUUGGAUCAUUUGGAGUGUGAUCUGAAUUUAAUGUUUGAAAAUGCCAAACGCUAUAAUGUUCCCAAUUCAGCUAUCUAUAAGCGAGUUCUAAAAUUACAGCAAGUCAUGCAGGCAAAGAAGAAGGAGCUUGCCAGGAGAGACGACAUUGAGGAUGGAGACAGCAUGAUUUCUUCAGCCACCUCUGAUACUGGUAGUGCCAAAAGAAAAAGGAACACUCUUGACAGUGAGAUGUUGGGUCUCAGGAGGCUAUCCAGUAAAAAGAACAUAAGAAAGCAACGAAUGAAAAUCUUAUUCAAUGUUGUUCUUGAAGCUCGUGAGCCAGGUUCAGGCAGAAGACUUUGUGAUCUGUUUAUGGUUAAACCAUCAAAAAAGGACUAUCCUGAUUAUUAUAAAAUCAUUUUGGAGCCAAUGGACUUGAAAAUAAUUGAGCAUAACAUCCGCAAUGACAAAUACACAGGGGAAGAGGGGAUGAUAGAAGACAUGAAACUGAUGUUCCGCAAUGCCAGGCACUAUAACGAGGAGGGCUCCCAGGUUUACAACGAUGCGCACAUCCUGGAGAAGUUACUCAAGGAUAAAAGGAAAGAGCUGGGCCCACUACCUGAUGAUGAUGACAUGGCUUCUCCCAAACUCAAGCUGAGUAGGAAGAGUGGCAUUUCUCCAAAAAAAUCAAAAUACAUGACUCCAAUGCAGCAGAAGCUAAAUGAAGUCUAUGAAGCUGUAAAAAACUAUACUGAUAAGAGGGGUCGCCGCCUCAGUGCCAUAUUUCUGAGGCUUCCCUCCAGAUCUGAGCUGCCUGACUACUAUCUGACCAUUAAAAAGCCUAUGGACAUGGAAAAAAUUCGAAGUCACAUGAUGGCCAACAAAUACCAAGAUAUAGACUCCAUGGUUGAGGACUUUGUCAUGAUGUUUAACAAUGCCUGUACAUACAAUGAGCCUGAGUCUUUGAUCUACAAAGAUGCCCUUGUCCUACACAAAGUCCUGCUGGAAACUCGGCGAGACCUAGAGGGAGAUGAAGACUCUCAUGUCCCAAAUGUGACCUUGCUGAUUCAAGAGCUUAUUCACAAUCUUUUUGUGUCUGUCAUGAGUCAUCAGGAUGAUGAGGGAAGAUGCUAUAGUGAUUCCUUGGCAGAAAUUCCUGCUGUGGAUCCCAACUUCCCAAAUAAACCUCCUCUUACUUUUGACAUAAUUAGGAAGAAUGUUGAAAAUAAUCGUUACCGGCGUCUUGAUUUAUUUCAAGAGCACAUGUUUGAAGUAUUGGAAAGGGCAAGAAGGAUGAAUCGGACAGAUUCUGAAAUAUAUGAAGAUGCAGUAGAACUUCAGCAGUUUUUUAUUAAAAUUCGGGAUGAACUUUGCAAAAAUGGAGAGAUCCUUCUGUCCCCGGCACUCAGCUACACCACAAAACAUUUGCAUAAUGAUGUGGAGAAAGAGAAAAAGGAAAAAUUGCCGAAAGAAAUAGAGGAAGAUAAACUAAAACGAGAAGAAGAAAAAAGAGAGGCUGAAAAAAGUGAAGAUUCCUCGGGUUCUGCAGGCCUCUCGGGCUUACAUCGCACAUACAGCCAGGACUGCAGCUUUAAGAAUAGCAUGUAUCAUGUUGGAGAUUACGUCUAUGUAGAGCCUGCGGAGGCCAACCUACAACCACAUAUAGUCUGUAUUGAAAGAUUGUGGGAAGAUUCUGCUGGUGAAAAAUGGUUAUAUGGCUGUUGGUUUUACCGACCAAAUGAAACAUUCCAUCUGGCUACACGAAAAUUUCUAGAAAAAGAAGUUUUUAAGAGUGACUAUUACAAUAAAGUUCCUGUUAGUAAAAUUCUAGGAAAAUGUGUGGUCAUGUUUGUCAAGGAAUACUUUAAAUUAUGCCCAGAAAACUUUCGAGAUGAGGAUGUUUUUGUCUGUGAAUCACGGUAUUCUGCCAAAACCAAGUCUUUUAAGAAAAUUAAACUGUGGACCAUGCCCAUCAGCUCAGUUAGGUUUGUUCCUCGAGAUGUGCCCUUGCCUGUGGUCCGAGUGGCCUCUGUAUUUGCAAAUGCAGAUAAAGGGGAUGAUGAGAAGAACACAGACAACUCAGAGGACAGUCGAACUGAAGACAGUUUUAACUUGGAAAAGGAGAAAGAAGAUGUCCCUGUGGAAAUGUCGAACGGUGAACCAGGUUGCCACUACUUUGAGCAACUCCGUUACAAUGACAUGUGGCUGAAGGUUGGUGACUGUGUCUUCAUCAAGUCCCAUGGCCUGGUGCGGCCUCGCGUGGGCAGAAUUGAAAAGGUAUGGGUCCGAGAUGGAGCUGCAUAUUUUUAUGGCCCCAUCUUCAUUCACCCAGAAGAGACAGAACAUGAGCCCACAAAAAUGUUCUACAAAAAAGAAGUGUUUCUGAGUAAUCUGGAAGAAACCUGCCCCAUGACAUGUAUUCUGGGAAAGUGUGCUGUGUUGUCAUUCAAGGACUUCCUUUCCUGCAGGCCAACUGAAAUUCCAGAAAAUGAUGUUCUGCUUUGUGAGAGCCGUUACAACGAGAGUGACAAACAGAUGAAGAAAUUCAAGGGCCUGAAGAGGUUUUCACUCUCUGCUAAAGUGGUAGAUGAUGAAAUUUAUUACUUCAGAAAACCAAUCGUUCCUCAGAAGGAGCCCUCACCUUUGUUGGAAAAGAAGAUCCAGUUACUAGAAGCUAAAUUUGCUGAGUUAGAAGGUGGAGAUGAAGAUAUCGAAGAGAUGGGAGAAGAAGAUAGUGAGGUCAUUGAGCCUCCUUCUCUACCUCAACUUCAGACUCCCCUGGCCAGUGAGCUGGAUCUCAUGCCCUACACACCCCCACAGUCUACCCCCAAGUCUGCCAAAGGCAAUGCAAAGAAAGAAGGCUCCAAACGGAAAAUCAACAUGAGUGGCUACAUCCUGUUCAGCAGUGAAAUGAGAGCUGUGAUUAAGGCUCAGCACCCAGACUACUCCUUUGGGGAGCUCAGCCGACUGGUGGGGACAGAAUGGAGAAAUCUUGAGACAGCCAAGAAGGCGGAAUAUGAAGGUGUGAUGAAUCAAGGAGUGGCCCCUAUGGUAGGGACUCCAGCACCAGGCGCAAGUCCAUAUGGACAGCAGGUAGGAGUUUUGGGGCCUCCAGGACAGCAGGCCCCACCUCCAUAUCCUGGCCCACAUCCAGCUGGCCCCCCUGUCAUACAGCAGCCAACAACCCCCAUGUUUGUGGCUCCCCCACCGAAGACCCAACGGCUUCUCCAUUCAGAGGCCUACCUGAAAUACAUUGAAGGACUCAGUGCUGAGUCCAACAGCAUUAGCAAGUGGGACCAGACUCUGGCAGCUCGAAGACGCGAUGUCCAUUUGUCAAAAGAACAGGAAAGCCGCCUACCCUCUCACUGGCUGAAAAGUAAAGGGGCCCACACCACCAUGGCAGAUGCCCUCUGGCGCCUUCGGGAUUUGAUGCUCCGAGACACCCUCAACAUUCGCCAAGCAUACAAUCUAGAAAACCUUUAAUCACAUCAGUUAACGUUUCUUUUAUAGAAGCCUAAAGAGUUUUGUGGAAUAGUAGCCAUUUUAGUUGCUGGGGGUGGGGGGAGGAACAAAGGAUGAUAAUUUUUAUUGCAUUUUACUGUACAUCACAAGGCCAUUUUUAUAUAAGGACACUUUUAAUAAGCUAUUUCAAUUUGUUUUUGUUAUAUUAAGUUGACUAUCAAAUACACAAAGAUCUUUUUGCAUAUGUCUCCUUCGUUUAAAACCAGUUUCAUAAUUGGUUAUAUAUGUAGAGUUGGAGUUUUAUCUUUUUGUUGCCAUGGAACUGAAACCAUCAAAGGUUUUGUCUUGGCUUGGGGUUUUGUUUUUUUGGAGGUGUUUUGUUUUUAAUAAAAGAACAAUGAAACACACACACAUACACACAGGAGUUUACAGAUUAGUUUAAGUUGAUAAUGAAAUGUGAAGUUGGUUCUAGUUUACAUCUUAGGGGAGUGUACUUGUGUCUGUUUCAUGUGCCUAAAUAUAUUAAGCCACUUUCACAAGAACUGUUUCUUACAGGUGAAGUGAAAGGUUGUUAUUUAGGUUAUACGUGUUUGGCAGACAUGGCACAUUUGCUCUAUUAACUCAGAGGCUCGCUGCAGAAAUCUGAAGUCAGUGCUGUGCAUCCUUCUGCAGCUAGUGUAUCUCCCAGACACCUGGAAGGAGAGAGCACUUUUUCUUGUGCUGAGUUACACAUCUGUGGUGUCAAUUAUUUUUGCAGAAUAUGUGCACAACCCCGACUUAUAUUUAGUCGUGGCAGGUAAGUUUAAGGGUACUUUUGACCUAUUUAUAAUGAAUUCACAAUUUAUGCCUAUACAUGUUAGAUGAUUUAAAAUUUUAUAUCUCUUACAUUGAAAUUCAUCUUGAAGAAAGCAUUGAGGUGUGCAUAGAGGUGAUUUAUCUUUAAACAUAACACCUAACCUAACACAGGGAGGGGAGUGCAUAACCAGAUAUGAGCUGCAUCAGAAGCAUAAUUGUAAAAAUGGAGAUUACCUGCGUAUGCAAAUAGGUUUUAGUAUUCUGUUUCCUCAUCAGACGUGGUAUUUCUUCUAAAUUUCAGUGAUGUACUUCACGAGAAAUUUAAGAUUUUCUAAAAUAUUUUUAAAAUUUAGCUUGUGCUUUUGAAUUUCAGGAGAAAGGAAUCCUAAUUUAAGAAAAUGCUCACAAAAAAGACCAUCACAGAUCCCAAACACUUGGCUUUGAUGACUCUGUCUCUUUUAUAUGACCCCAGAAUAAACAUUGGAGAUAGUGUGUGUUGCACAGGCAAGUAGAAAGCAUCAAACAUGGAGCAGUAUUUCGCUGAGCGUUUUGGAAACCUGCUUUGUAGUAACAGCAUGGUUGCCUGUUACCAUGGUUGUGGUGGACCUGCCACUGCUGUUUGUAAGUGGAAAGACUGACUCUCAGAGUAUUCUUUUUUCUUUCAAUCUGGUAUGAAUUAAUACCUGGAUAUUUAAUUACUAUUCUUACUAAAAUCAUGGGGACAAAAGGGUAUAGAAUGGAAAAAAAGUCUCUUGUAUCUAGAUACUGUAAAUACAGGAGGCCCUUGUAACUUAAUUGCCUAUAGUCAACCACUGGAUCUGUUUGCAUCAAGUAUUUUAAAUAAUUCUGAAUUUUAAAAAAAUGUAUUGCAGUAGUAUGUCAGUACCUUCUUGUUAAAUUGAAUCAGAUAAAGAAAUCUUCAGUUCCUGGUUAUUUGGGCCAUUGAAUCAUCAUGGACUGUAUAAUACAAUCAGAUUAUUUUAUUUCUAGACAUCCUUGAAUUACACCAAAGAACCUGAAAUUUAAUUUUGGUUAAGUUAUUUAUUUAUUUCAUGCACCAUUUUAUUUCCCUCUUUAAGGUCUAGAUGAGACUUCUUGGGAAGCCUCUAAAAACUCUUCACUAUGGGCUACAUGAGGCAUUAGAAGCCAGAGCACUCCUCCUCCGGGCUCCUUCCCAGUGUCUGGAGGUGCUGUAGGAACCAUAGAGCCAGCCGGGGCUUCCCUAAGGCAGUGCAGAGCCGGGCCAGGGGGCCACUGGGCAGGCCCUAAUUAAGUUUUUAAAAAAUAUAUAUAUUUAUUUUAGAAUCAUGUCUUUCUGUAUAUUAACUUAGAAAAUAUCAAUUAAUAUUUAGGGUUUAAGACUUGAGGUCAGCUUUCUUCUAAAAAAGAAACAAAAAAAAAUUCCUGACUUAAGAAAGUACAAGUUAACUAUACAUCUUUUUUUCAUGAGUUUUAGGAACUGUAGUGAUACGGCUUAGAAAGUAUAAUGGCCUAAAUGUUUUCAAAAUGUAAGUUCAUGUGGAAAAGAGUUUUGUUUGUGUGGGAAAAAAAUCAAUAGGUUUAAAAUAGUAUGUCAGUCAACUGAUUUAAAAGGCCUUGAAUUGCUGUCUUUUGAACCCACCCUUCUCUUCCUGUGAGGAAGAAUUGAAAGGGGACACUUCUUUGUGUAAAAUCUCCAAAUUGGUGGUGACUUGAGCUUGAACAUUUUCAGAUCUGAUUAAAACUUGGUUUAUCCUAAUUUCUGUAUCAAAAAGAGGUUUAAGUGGUAACUAGUCUUAUAACAUGUAUGUAUCAUUGUUUGUUCAUCUAAAGCUUUUUAAUCCAAAUAAAAAUGGAGUUUGCAAAGUGA